AUGGCCGACCCGCACCCGCCUCGGGAUGGCGCAGAGCUUCCCGGAAGAGACGGGGCGACUAGAGCUCCGCCGGCCCUCUCACUCCCCUCCGGCGAAGUUCCAGCUCCAGCUCCCCGCCAGGCCUCCGAGUCUUCCUUCUCGCCAACAAGACCGCCCUACAUCCCCCAGUUCACCGCCGCCACCCAGAUGAUUCUGAAGCGAAUGAAAGGGGAGCCGAGCAGCCUUAGCUCCGCCCUCUCGGCUGCGUCGCCUUCCAUGACUGCAGACAUCAAGCCAGCAACAUACGAGGAUGUUAAGAGGAGACUUGUCAUGAGCAUGAACACGUCUACUUCUAUGACAAUGCAGAUGCCUGUUGCUGCACCAUCACCAUCCCCUUCGCCUGUCGUCCCAAUCCCCACCCUCGCUCCUCCCGUCCCGAUGCCUACCCCCCCCAGGUACCGUGACCCGAACAUGAGCGCUAUCAGAAGGAUCUCGAGCGGCCUGUCGGGACCCGGGAAGCUUCCUUCAGCAAAGGCUGCCCAAGCUAAAUUCGCUGCCCCAGUCGAGAGCAAGCCUAAGAAGCUAAAGGCCCUGGCGGUCCCCAAGGCUUCUGGUGUCAAGCGAAAACGUGUUAAGGGCGCCGAUGACGACGCCUCCAGCAGCCUCUCUAGCCUCACCGACCUCUCCGACCGAGAACCCCCCGCCACCAACACGCCGCCCGCUGUUCCGCUCACUAUGACCAAGUCCGGUAGGCAGGUCCAGAAGCCCAUGACCUACAACCCCGCGGCUAUGGACACGAAUACCAAGAAGCGAGCCCAGUACGGCAAGCGCACCGCCCAGCAGGCCCUGUGCAAGAAGUGCACCCGGAUGCACAGCCCAGCUAGCAACCAGAUGGUCUUUUGCGACGGCUGCAACGACGGCUGGCACCAGAUGUGCCACGAGCCCUGGAUCGACGACGAGGCCGUGCGCGACCAGAGUAGGGCCUGGUUCUGCGCCACGUGCCAGGCCAAGCGGGAGCGCCACCUCACCAAGAAGCAGAGGAUCGAGCCGAGACCGAAGGAAAGUUGGGCCGGCAAGACGCCCCAACAGAAACGCGCUUACCUCUCAACCCUUCCACAGCAGGACCUAGUGGGCCUGCUCAUGAACUGCCUCGACCUCCACCCCGACCUACCCAUAUUCCCGGCCUCGGCCGCCGACGCGAGCCCGAAUGCCCAGGGCAUGCCUCGACUCCUCUUUGCCGGCUCGACUACAGAGGGCCUGUUUCCCCGCUCAGACGCCAACCCGAUAGGCCAGAUUAAUUUUGUGCGUAAAGCCGCCACCAACAACGCCCGCCAGGAGCGGCCCGACGACGAGGACGACGAGUUUGAUCCCCUGGCCCCGCUGUGGCCGAAGCCUGGCAUGGGUCUUUACAGCAAGCUGCCGCCGGAUGCCGACGACGACGAGCACCUGGUCGACGACGACGACUACGAGGCCUUUAGUGUCAUCAUGUACAACGAGAAGGGGCAGAAGGUCCGCGAGAACGGCAUGGACGUGUAG